AGCGUCGAGGGGCGGGGCUAGAGGGUUCUAGCAGGUUCCAGAAGGCGGGGUGGGAAGAGAAGCAGGCGGCUCGACUCAGUGAGGGAAGCGGCAGCGAGGAGGUCCGGCCGGCGCCAUGGAGAAGGUGAAUGAAUUGAAGGAGAAGGGUAACAAAGCCCUGAGCUCCGGCAACACGGCUGAAGCAAUCAAGCACUACUCGGAGGCCAUCAAAUUGGACUCUGCCAACCACGUGCUGUUCAGCAAUCGGUCUGCUGCUUAUGCCAAGAAAGGGGAGUAUCAGAAGGCCUUGGAAGAUGCUUGUAAGACCAUUGAGCUGAAGCCAGAGUGGGGCAAGGGUUACUCCCGAAAAGCGGCUGCCUUGGAAUUUCUGAACCGCUUUGAGGAGGCCAAGAAGACCUAUGCAGAAGGAUUGAAACAUGAGCCGGGCAAUGCGCAACUGAAGGAAGGGCUGCAAAACAUGGAGUCCAGGUUGGCAGAAAGGAAUUUCAUGAACCCUUUCAACAUGCCCAACCUGUUCCAGAAACUGGAGAGUGACCCCCGCACCAGAGGCCUGCUCAGUGAUCCAAGUUACAGGGAACUGAUAGAGCAGCUCCGCAACAAGCCCUCCGAACUGGGAGCGAAACUGAAAGACCCACGAGUGAUGACGACCCUCGGGGUGCUGCUUGGCGUUGACUUAGCUGGUGCAGAUGACGAGGACGAAGCCAUGUCUCCUCCGCCUCCUCCGCCCCCAAAGAAGGAGCCCAAGCCUGAGCCGAUGGAGGAGGAUCUGCCAGAGAAUAAGAAGCAGGCUCUUAAGGAGAAAGAGCUGGGGAAUGAGGCCUACAAGAAGAAAGACUUUGAAACAGCCCUGAAGCAUUAUGAUAAAGGAAAGGAGCUGGACCCAACCAACAUGACUUAUAUCACCAAUCAAGCAGCUGUUUAUUUUGAGAUGGGAGAUUACAACAAGUGCCGGGAACUCUGUGAGCAGGCUAUCGACGUCGGGCGCGAGAAUCGGGAGGACUACCGGCAGAUUGCCAAAGCUUAUGCCCGGAUUGGCAAUUCCUACUUCAAGGAAGAAAGGUAUAAAGAAGCUAUUCAGUUCUUCAACAAGUCGUUGGCCGAGCACCGAACUCCAGACGUCUUGAAAAAGUGUCAACAGGCUGAAAAAAUCUUGAAAGAACAGGAGAGGGUCGCCUAUAUCAACCCCGAACUAGCUCUGGAGGAGAAAAACAAAGGCAACGAGUUCUUCCAGAAAGGGGACUAUCCACAGGCCAUGAAGCACUACACAGAAGCCAUCAAGCGCAACCCCAACGAUGCCAAACUGUACAGCAACAGAGCUGCCUGCUAUACUAAAUUGCUGGAGUUCCCGUUAGCACUAAAGGACUGUGAAGAAUGUAUUCGCCUAGAACCCACCUUCAUUAAGGGAUACACGCGCAAAGCGGCGGCACUGGAAGCCAUGAAGGAUUAUACCAAAGCCAUGGAUGUCUAUCAGAAAGCCCUAGAACUGGACUCCAACUGCAAGGAAGCUGCCGAGGGCUACCAGCGCUGCCUCAUGUCCCAGUACAACCGCAACGACAACCCUGAGGAUGUGAAGCGCCGGGCCAUGGCCGACCCCGAGGUGCAGCAGAUCAUGAGCGACCCGGCCAUGAGACUGAUCCUUGAACAGAUGCAGAAAGACCCGCAAGCCCUAAGCGAACACUUGAAGAAUCCCGUCAUUGCUCAGAAAAUCCAGAAGCUCAUGGACGUCGGUUUGAUCGCCAUUCGGUGAUGUUUCUGAUCCUGCGCCCUCCCUCCGUUUCCCUGUUGAAAAGGGCAGCUGGGACUUUGGGAUGCUGGGCAGUGCCGUCCAAGGGGCGCACCCCUCUGCCGGAGGCAAAGACUUGUACAGUCCCGUGGGGUGUGGCUUUUUUUUUGUCACUUGCACACGCGUGUGCUCACACCAGACCAUCCUGUCAGCUCCUUCUGGGCCUGGCCUAUCCAAUAUCAUGGCUCGUUGACCUGUCCCAGCAGUUCUUCCCACUUGUGAGCUGCCCUCUUCUUCUCUUCCUCCUCCUUCUCUCUUUCCCUUCUUGCAGUUUUAAUUCUCCUGGCCUGUGAUGAUGUCCUCGGGAAGCUCAUCAUUCGUUGGUUGUCUGAUUUCGUUCGGCUCUGAGGCUGCAUCUUUUUUUUUUUUUUGUCUGCUGCACAUGCAAUAAAAAAGCAAAGUUAGUGGCCUUG